CGAAUAAGAAUGAUUUAUCACUAUGUUCCGCACUCUUACUCUCGUCGACUCAUGUUCGUCGGUCACGUUUCUUUGGUAGAAAUGUAUGCUUUCACGAAAGAAACUCGUCAGUUUCGAUUCUAAUGCGAGGAGAAAGAAAAACGAAUUCGAACUUUACGUUUGUAUGUAGUUACCUAGUCUUCGAAAAGGUAACAAGAUGAUAUUAUAUAUAACGAGUGUCCUACAUCGUCACUACUUCGGUACAUUACGUCAGAUUAGCAGCCAUAUGUAAUAUCAGUCAAGGCUGAUCCUUUCUAUACAUUAUCUACUUUCAUUAAAUUCUUUUACGAUUUAUAUUGUGUUUUUCAAUUAAAUAAUUUUUUUCUUUUUCUUCUUUUUUUUUCUUCCUUUACAUGUUCGAAAGCUACAUACAGAUAUUAAUCGUUUCGAUACACUUUGUCGUUCCAUAAAUAAUAAUAUUAACGUUUAAGAAAAAGCAUGUAGAAUUCAUCGUCAUUCGUCUUUUCCGGAACGAAGAACGAAUGCAUCGUCAAUUGCUAUACACAGAUAAAUAAAUGCACGGACGUAUGUACGUAGACGCACAUACCAAGUAAUAUAUAUGGUAUAAUUUAUGUUUACGUCGAGCACACGCCGGUCACCCCCUUUUUCCUCGACGUGUGUGCACUGUGCGCACGAAGAUAUUCGCGCUCGCCUACGGAACAAUGGAUGCAACUUUAUGUUAUAACCGUUCGCUAUGGGAGAGUAAGGGGAAGGUAAGGAGUAGGGAGAAUGGGAGAAGGAGGACAAGGGAUUGCCGUUCAAAGUAAAGUGAGAUGUUCCGAACGUUCGAUGGAAGUUGACAUUGUCAGGAGUAGUCCUCAGGCAAGGAUAUAUCUCCAACAGCUUAAGGACUAUCCAGACGCAACCUGCAAGCCGCAACUCAGCGAUGGAGUCGCAACGUUCAGAUUAUCAUUAUUAGAACAAGACAUGCUACGAUGCGGCAUCACGAGGGUCGUUAAUAAAGUUACGGGUCAGAAGGUGUACUAUCAUCGGAUAAUAGUGGAGGAGCCGGCGGAUUCCAGCAAGCACACCUUCACGGUAAAAUGUGUUAUCACCGAAGUAGUCGUGCAACCUGGAGACGCUAUCGCAGUCAAUCACACGACGGUACGACGGAGCGUCCUUCCGGAAGGAUUUCAAGAGCAGGACAUCAUCGAAGUUCGAGGUGAAAUAUCAGUCUCGGCACCCGUUCCUAUUCUAGGCGUGGGUGUAAAACAAGGUGGUACUUUGGUUACCGGUGAACUCAAUGUCAGUCCUGGUACCCCUUUGCAGAUGGAGAUAUUUCUGGACAAUGAGUCAGCACCGAUCUAUGGACUGUUAGUAACUUAUAUGCAAGUUACCGACACGAAGACUCAAGAAGAAACGAUAAUCAUUAACGGAUGUUCGGUGGAUCCAUAUCUCUUCGAGAACUUUUACACCGUGAAUGGUGAUUUUCUUACCGCAAAGUUCCGUGCUUUCAAGUUCCCUGAGAGUACCUACGUUCAGUUCCGUGGUACUGUUAAUGUCUGUCUAGACAAAUGUCUAGGGAUCGAAUGUAGUAACGGACAAAUAGGCUUCGGUAGAAAGAAAAGAGCAAUAGCAUCGUCGAACACGGAUAAGAAUAAAUUGUUCGAGGUGACCAUGUCUACCUUCAUCAAGGUCGACUUCGAGGACGACGUAAUGAUAGAUCAAGUUCUAUCAGAGUUCAUACGAAAGGGUAAAAACAGAACCGAGGAGAGAGCAGUGAUCGCUGAGGAAGAACACUCAUCUCCGACGACGGUCAGAACGGAGGAGAGACCAGUCAUAGCAGAAGAGGUCAGAGAACAGUUCAAAUACAAGCUCACAGAGAUAGAGACUAAUGCUGCCGUUUCGUCUAUUAUCGCGACAACCUUUGGACUCUUCGUCUUCUUCAUCGCCCCUCUCUACGCUGUCCUGUAGAACGGAAAGAAAGUAUUACAUUAAUUGUAAAUAGGACAAAACACGGGAUACCUAAGUUUUCAAGUGAAAUUUAAUCUUAAGGUGGAACUUACUUUUUUCCUUUCUUUUUUUUCUUUUUUUUAACAAAAUACAUACAAUAGACAUGAAAGGGUUUAUAAUUAUUAAGGGUUUAAGUGUUUUGGAGAGGACAAGUCACAUGUGACGCCUAAUAAUUUUUUCAUUUCAACGAUUUUUUUUCCUUUCUUUUUUUUUUUUUUUUUUUCUUGUUUUUUUCAAUAAACACGGGUUAUACUAUACAAUAUCGUAUAAAAAAGUGUAUUUGAAAUUAUAAUAGGCGUUCAAAGUGAACGAUGAUAUCGCGCUUUGAGCGAUACAAGACGAUUUUAUGUGAUAAUGAAAAAUAAAUAUCGUUUAAAUGACAGUGAUAAAGGGAUGUUGGAAUCGCGUUAAGGGAAGAAUUUUUAUUCAAGUACAUAUAUAUAUACAUAUAUAUAUAUAUAUAUAUAUAUAUAUAUAUAUAUGUACUUAUAUAAUGUAAACUCAUGAUAUUUCUCCGUUCUGCGACUGCCGAAUUUUCUUCCAUCAUCUCCUCUUGUGUUUUCUUAGACAAUCUUUACAUUUACAUGCACCUACUCUAUCUACGAUCAAUCGUCACGAGAAAAUUGGCCUUUGCGAGCGGAGAAAACUGAAAAACCUAGUCGUGCGACGGGGUAUAAUAUUUUAACGUGACUUAAUUAUUAUACGAUAAUAAUUAAUUAUGGCUAACUAUUACUGGUAUAACUACAGCUUAACUGUAACAUAAGUGAAAAUAAAGCGAAGGCUGAUACGACGAUUUAAA